GUUUUAUUUUAUUGUAUGGAAUAUUUAGUAUUGCAAACAAGGCAAGUAUAACGUGUUGGGUUUAAAAGUUAGGUCUACCAGAUCUCUCAUACCAUAGACAACAAGGGAAAGAGACUACUCGGACAAGAAAGAGCCAUGGAUACCGAGUUUCUCAGAACACUAGAUCCUCAGAUUCUCUUGGGUGCCUUCGUGGCUCUCGUUGCCGUCGGUGCCGGUGCUGCUUACUAUCUGUCCUCCUCCAAGAAACGCAGAGGGUGUUUGGAUCCAGAGAAUUUCAAGGAGUUUAAGCUUGUUAAGAAGCAGCAACUUAGCCACAAUGUCGCUAAGUUCGUUUUCGAGCUUCCAACUCCUACCUCUGUCUUGGGUCUUCCCAUUGGUCAACACAUCAGUUGCAGGGGAAAGGAUGCUCAAGGAGAGGAUGUUAUUAAGCCUUACACUCCGACAACCUUAGAUUCUGACCUUGGACGUUUUGAACUUGUUAUCAAGAUGUAUCCGCAAGGAAGGAUGUCUCAUCAUUUCAGGGAGAUGCGUGUUGGAGACCAUCUUGCUGUUAAGGGUCCAAAGGGAAGGUUCAAGUAUCAGCCAGGUCAGUUUAGGGCUUUUGGAAUGCUUGCUGGAGGUUCAGGCAUCACUCCUAUGUUCCAAGUUGCAAGAGCGAUACUUGAAAACCCAACAGACAAGACAAAGGUCCACCUCAUUUAUGCUAAUGUCACGUACGAAGACAUUCUCUUAAAGGAAGAGUUGGACAGUCUUACCGCCAAUUAUCCAGAUCAAUUCAAAAUCUACUAUGUUUUGAACCAGCCUCCGGAAGUAUGGGAUGGUGGUGUUGGAUUUGUAACCAAGGAAAUGAUCCAGGCUCAUUGCCCUGCACCAGCAUCCGAUAUUCAGAUCCUAAGAUGUGGACCACCGCCAAUGAACAAGGCCAUGGCAGCAAACCUUGAAGCUCUUGGUUACUCUCCAGAGAUGCAGUUCCAGUUCUGAUCUUAACCUCUGCUUUAUUGGCUUGGAGUCAUUUUUAAAAACUCAUUUAAUCUGAUCAAUAACUUGUGUUACAAUCCCAACUGAGACUUGUGUCUUUAUUGAGUGAGAGUUGUGUUUCUGUUGGACGUUUCAUAAAAGCCCCUUGUCCA